UUGCUCCACUCUUCAGUAGCAGCAGCAGCAGCAGUCUGACUCCCAUCGCUUCAGUUAACCCUCUGAAAUGCACUUGACUGGACUGUGCGACGUUUACGGGACUUCCUCACCCUCUGAAGUCAUGGCUAACCAACUGCGUCCAUCGACAGAACUUUACUGAAGCCCAAUUGUACACCGGGAGACUUUUCUUCGAUAAACUUUUGGAAUUAAAUGACAUUGAUUUGAUUGAGACAUUCACCGGACCUGAGGAUGGAGACGGUGUUUUACCUGCUUGCCUUCACGUUGGCCCGGGUUAGUUGGGGUCUCGGGUAUUCGGAGUCCAGUGUCCAGACGGGACAGAGAGCGGCCAGCAGACACAGACAUUGGUGUGUGUGCCUGGUGACACGCACUGUCAGCUGUGUGAUGGAGGAUGGAGUGGAGACAUACAUCAAGCCAGACUAUCAACGCUGCACCUGGGGCCAAUGUCCUAGAGUUGCCUACCGGACAUACAGAAGGCCAAGGUAUAAGGUAGCUUACAAAAUGGUGACAGAAAUGGAGUGGAAGUGUUGUCAUGGUUACUCCGGGGAAGACUGCCAGGAUGGGCCAAGGGGAACCACAGACACACAAGUCCAUGGAGGCCGACCCCGUGUCCCACAGACGGGCUUCAACAAUGGCGGUGGACAGAGAGGAGAAGGUGACACUGAGAGGAUCAGACAGCUGGAGGAUACAGUCCGUGGGCUGACCAAAGACCUCCACAACAUGCAGACCAGCAUUAAUGGCAUGAACCAAAAACUGCCUGGUCUGAAUGGGGCCAUUGUCCCUGCUGAUUCAGCUCAGCCACACAUGAAGGACACCAUCAACACCAUCCAGACUAAACUGGACCAUCUCUACAACAGAACACAGGUCCAUGACCAGACCCUGCUAACCAUCAACAACCACCUUGUGAACGGAGGGGGAAAUGAACUGGACGGAGUGGUCAGGGGUGGAGGAGGGUCUGGAGGAAACCAGCUGAAUACUCUGAAGGAAGAGAUACUGACGGAGCUAGAGAGAAGGGUGUCUUUGUCCUGCUCCUCCUGCCAGGCAGGUGUGGAGGACCUGAGGCGCCAGCAGCAAGAGGACAGGGAGCGGAUCCAAGCCCUGGAGAAGCUGAUCAGCUCCAUGGACCAGCACCUGAGGCAAAGCCUGGACAUCUCCCGCAGUGAGACUGAACACUCUAAGGCCUGCUGCAACACCGUCACUGAGCUGGAGAAGAGGAUGUCUGAUGUAGAGGUCCGUGUCACCACCACAGCUAACAAAUGUGACACCAUUAAAGGGCGUCUGGAUAAGGAGCUGGCCGGGACAGGUGGAGGAAAGGGAAGAGUGUCGGAGGACAGGCUGAAUGGCAGACUGAGAGAAUUGGAGAAGAGGGUGAAUAGUACUGUGAGGAAGACCGAGCAGAGGUGUACUAACACCGGGAACAACAUGAAGGACAGCGUCCAGAGAGAUUUCACACAGCUGCGCAACAUAGUCCUCAGCCUUCUGGAUGACCACAGCUUCAAGAUCGGUAAGAUAGAGCUGGACGUGGCUGUUCUUGGUGAUACAGUCACCGACCACAGUAGGCGGUUAAGUCAGCUGGAAAACAUAACAACCUUCCUGGACAGAAGGCUAACCUCAACCACAAACAUGUGCAAUGAGACCUGCGGACCUAACGGGAAAGGUCGCAAUACUGAUGAUACUGUGAAAACCUUACAGUGGAGAGUUGUGGCCAACCAAGAGGAGAUCCAAAAGUUUAACACAAGGUUAAAGGAUUUGUCUGUAACAGGAGACUCGCUGAUUGACAGAGUGAUCGAUUUAUCAAACGAUGUCAAAAAGAUCAAGGAUUUAACCGGGGAGAAUGGCGAGAAUUUCAACCGGAUUUUCACAGAGGUUGAAACACUGGGGCGGGAUUUAGAGGACUGUUCCAUUUGCAGCAGUGUAGAGGAAGACUUGCGUUCACUCACUAACUCCACCAAGAGUGGCCUCAGCAAGUGCCAGGCAGAACUAACAGAUCUGCGCAGGAAGGUCGACUCAGGAGAAUCCGUCUGCUCUCAGGUGUGCUCCAACCUUAAGGAGGAGGUGGGACGACUCAGAGACGAAGUGGAGGAGUGUACAGGCCAGUGUAAAAUCAACAUAAAGGAUCUUAAGGACCGCCUUGAUGGUCACGGCGUCCAUACAGGGAGGUUAGGAGGCGAUCUGAAGUCAAUCCAAGGAGAGCUUGCUGGGGCCAUAGUCACAUUUAACUCCAUCAAUGACACGCUGAAGGGCCUGGGAAGGACUGUACAGAGGCAUGGAAACACACUGACUGACCUGACCAAUGCCAAGGACGAUAUUAUCUCUGAGGUGGACAAUUUGCAGAAGGAGCUGACCGAGCACGUUGAUGAUUCCAAGAUUAGAUUCGACAGUCUGGGCAGAGAGAUCCAAGUCAUAAGGAGCAACUUUGUGACGGAGAUUGGGGAGUGCCGGCGCUCCAGCAACGGCCUGGACCAAAGACUCUCCAAGCUGGAAGGGGUGUGCGGACGCUUCGACUCUUUUUCAGACAGCCUGGAGAGGAUCAAGGAGGGCCUGAACCGACACGUGUCUGGGCUGUGGAGCUGUGUUAACAGACUCAAUGUCACGGUGAUGUCUCAAGGAGAUCUUAUCGACAACAUCCAGAACGUCCAGCUGGUGAACGUUCACUCCGACAUACACAGGCUGAAUUCCUCAGUGGUGGACUUGGUGAAGGAGUUCCACAGUUUCAUACAGCAGGACUUCAUGGGUCCACCUGGUCUUCCGGGCCCACGCGGGGAGAGAGGGGAGCGUGGACCCCAGGGACUUGUAGGACCUCAAGGAAGGGUGGGACCUCCAGGAAGAGAGGGCAGGCAGGGAGUUAUUGGACCCCCAGGUCUCAGGGGAGAACAGGGUCAUGCAGGGUCCGAUGCUCACGUGCCACGCCUCUCUUUCUCCGCUGCACUGACUCGCCCCAUGAGAAGUGCAGGGACUAUAGUGUUCAACAGCGUCUUUGUCAAUGAAAAUAACGUCUACAACCCCAAAACAGGUUAUUUCACAGCUCCAGUGAGUGGGAAGUACUUUUUCAGUGGCAUCCUUACAGGCCAUAAAAACAUGAAGAUAGAGGCGGUGUUGUCCAAGUCCAACACUGGUGUGGCCCGAGUGGACUCAGCUGGGUAUCAGCCUGAAGGCCUGGAGAAGCCAAUGGCCGAGGCAAAACACAUCCCUGGAGCUCUGGCUGUUUUCAAUAUCAUCCUGCCGAUGCAGGCAGGAGACACAGUCUGUAUCGACCUUGUCACCGGCAAACUGGCCUACUCCUCUGAACCUUUGACCAUCUUCAGUGGGACGCUGCUGUACGAGACCGUGUGAUUGGAUGAAGUCUUGUUGUAAUCAGUCUCUCUGGGUGAAACUAUUGGAUGGAAUGCAUUGUAUUUGUCUGCUGGACUGUAAGAGACAAACAGACUGAAAAUACUGGACUGGACUCAUUCAGUGUGGAGAGUUGUAUUUUAUACUUUACUUUAUGUGCUAAUAGGGAAGGGAAAAGGUUCCUUUUCAACCACAAUCAUUGUUUGUGUUUCACAGUUUUAAAGCCAACAGAUUCUGCAAAAAGCCAUUGUGUUUUAUUUUAGUACGUUUUGUUAAAAAGAAACACACUGCAGGGUUAUCGUAUUAUUCCAUAUAUAAUGCUGUGCUAUAAACUUGAAUUCUUGACUGAUUACACCAGAUUGCCUUCAGCUCUCACUGUGGUUAACAAAAGGAAAUUCUGUAAGAUGGAGAGAUUAGGAUGUGGGUUUCCUUAGUUUUUGUGCUAUGAACCCAGAUCACGUCACAUGUUCAGAGGAUACUUUCAUUUUUCUUUCUGAUGAAGUUUCAUUUUUACACAUUCAUUGUUUCACUUCCCAGAAAAUGGUGCUGGAUGCCAAUCUUCUUGAAUCCUCAGUGAUGUAGACGAAGGGGGUCACAGUCCAAACCACUAUUCUUUAGAAGGAAACGCACAAAUGAAGUCACUGACAGUUCAGUCGAAUAACCACAGGAUUUUAAAAAUCGUAAGACGGCACAAUAAUAAGACCAUUUUAGGACAUGACUUCUACCCAGAAACACAAAGUAGGCCGGAGGAUUGUCAAGGGGAAGAAUGGGGAUUUUUUUCUGUCCUAUUAAGGGACAUCUAAACCUCUUGAAGGAUCAAGUACUUAAUCUUAUAAACUGUUACUAUCUUACAGUGGAAUCUUUAUGCAAAGCUAAAAAUAGCAAAUAAUGAACCUAGUCUUCCCCUUUCAGAUAUCACGACUCUUACAUAACUACACACACACCUCCUGCCUUUAGAAAAGUGUCAUUAAAAUGUCUCUAAAAGAUAUAGUGUACAUGAUAUCAAGCUUGUACAUAUUAUUAAAUGGAUUUAAAAAGGAACAUUGCACAUUAUCUGCAGAGACAAUACAGCUGAUGGGCCACAUAAUAUAUUAUUCUUAUGUAUUGUGGAAAUUAUUCAUGAAAUAAUGUCUGCAAAUUAUGUUUUUUUUUAUUACAAUGCAAAGUAUUUUUUAACUUUUACUCUGUAAGGUGUGAAACUGUAUUUUUUGACAUAUGUUAAUGCAUUGUAUGACAUUGAAGGAAUGUAAAUAUUUGUCAGCAGUCUUCCCCUUUUGAGCUGUAUGAGUCACCACUUCACCUUACUAGGUACUGUAUAUGUUUUGUAUGAUUUGCCACAAGUAUGCCUCAAAUACAGUAUUCAAGUUUUACACA